UAUUGGCCUGGUUCACCGUGCAACUUUGCCUCUCUCCGGGACAAGGAUCGGACACACUGCCUGUGCAGCAUAAAAUUGGGACACUGUCCUAGAUCAGACCAGGUGACUUUUAUCAGUUAAAGACCAAGACCAAUCUUCUUUGGAACAAUGGAACAAUCUGCUAUUAUUCCGGCUGUUCCUCAAGUUGUUGCCCCAGCUGCGCCGGGCCUGAAUUGGGAUACGAUCUGUGAGUUUAAAAAGAGUUUCCAAGAAAGUAAGCACUGCAGGUUGGCCCAGGAUGUCUGCACCACUGUAGACCCGCUGCAGGUUUGCCUGGACAGGACGACGGUACGAGACACAAAUCAUGUGUUCGAGCACACCGUUCCUCCGGAGGCAAAGCCCAUCACCAACCAGCUCGCAUCAGGAAGAUGCUGGAUCUUCUCAUGUCUCAAUAUGAUGCGCCUUCCAUUUAUGGAAAAAAAGAACAUCGACAAGUUUGAGUUCAGCCAGUCCUACCUCUUCUUCUGGGACAAGGUGGAAAGGUGCAACUACAUGUUGAAGGCGUAUGUUGAGACAGCACAGCGGGACGAGCCAGUGGACGGGCGGCUGGUCCAGUUCCUGCUGUCCAAUCCUACCAAUGACGGGGGCCAAUGGGACAUGCUGGUCAACCUCAUCGAAAAAUAUGGAGUCGUCCCAAAGCAAUGCUUCCCUGAGUCUUACAACUCUGAAAGCUCCAAACAAAUGAAUGACAUACUCUCACACAUGCUGAGGGAAAACUGUCUGAAACUGAGGAAGAUGGUGGAGAGUAAUGAAGAUGAUGACACGCUGAACGAGGAAAUUAACACCAUGAUGGGGGCUGUGUACCGCGUGGUCAGCAUGUGCCUGGGCACUCCCCCUGAGACGAUCAGCUUCGAGUACAGAGAGAAGGUCGUUGACACAUAUAGGCGAAUCGGGCCUCUCACACCCUAUGAGUUCUACAGGGAUGAAGUGAAGCCCCUCGUUGACGUGUCGGAAAAGAUCUGUCUGGUGAAUGACCCCAGGCCCCAGAACCCCUAUAAGAAGUUGUACUCUGUGGAGUUCCUGGGGAACAUGGUGAAAGGCCGUACAACUUUGUACAACAACCAGCCCAUAGAGGUGAUGAAGGACGCUGCAGCCGAGUCCAUCAAGAACGGACAGGCAGUGUGGUUCGGCUGUGAUGUGGGGAAGCAGUCUUUAGGCAAACUGGGCAUCAAUGACAUGAACGUGUAUGACCAAGAGCUGUUGUUUGAUGUUCCCUGGAAGUCAAUGAACAAGGCAGAGAGGCUGAUAUACGGAGACUCUUUAAUGACCCACGCCAUGAUCCUCAGUGGUUUUACUGAAAAGGAUGGCAAAGAAAAAGAAUACAAGAAGUGGAGAGUGGAGAACUCCUGGGGAAAAGCAGCAGGGAGCCAAGGUUAUCUGGCCAUGUCAGAUGAUUGGUUCUCAGAAUAUGUAUUUGAGGUUGUGGUGGACAAGAAGUAUGUCUCAGAUGACGUCCUGGCAGUGAUGAGACAGUCGGCCAAGAUACUUGAUGCCUGGGACCCAAUGGGAGCCCUGGCUUAGCCUCAGAAACAGAGGAUGCUGGCCUACCUUGAUCUCAGCCCUGGUCUGUGUGACUCUGCCCCAUAUUUCCCUGGGUUUACCCUCUUGGGCAAUUAACUGUUUUUGAACUGGAAUUAGAACCUUGCUCUAUCCUUGUUAGGUCUCUACAUCUAUUGUAUGCAUUUCUCUUUCUCUCUUCAGUUAUUCAUUGAAAAAGCCAUUUUACUGUGUGCAGCUUUACCCCCCACCUCCCACCAAUAAAAAGAAUGGCCAUGGGUUCCAUAAA